UUUGCGUGUUUCAAUGUAGAAAAAUGAGAGUAGCUUUAAUCUCUAUGAUAUGCUUUAAUUUCGUUUAUACUUCAAACGCUUUGUCUGUAGAAGAACGUUUAUUGGAACUGGAACGUGUUGUGAAGCUUCAAGGUGACAUCCUUGAUAAACAUCAGGAAACAAUUCGGGAUCAAAACGUUAUCAUUAAAAGUUUUGAGAAUGAAAACAAGGAAUUAAAACUGCGUGUGCAAACCCUUGAAAACGAUAGGGCAAAACAUGAAGAGGGGUCAAAGACUGAUGUGGCCACAUCAUAUCGUGAGGUAUUGGGUAACAUGGGAAACCGUUGGAAAGCUUUUAAUGAAGAAAAGGCAAAAGAUGUAAAUGAUAUAAGUAAGCGAGAUAAUGCAGCAGGUAAUGGAUACAUUCAAACAUCAAACCGGAGCCACAUGGUGAAACGGUUACGGACACAGUUUCAUCUGCCCUUUACAUAUGAUAAAGAUGAUCUAGGCCGAAUAUUAGGAGGAGAAUCUCCUAACAUCGCGUUCCAUGCGUACAUGACUGGACAGAAAUGCUUCCACGAACAACAACUGAUGGUAUUUAAUCGGGAGGUGGUGGAUGAGGGAGAUGGAUAUAGCGAAACGGAUGGAAUAUACGUCGUACCUGUUACCGGAACAUACGUGUUUACCUGGACAGUAUUUUCUCAGAAAUAUGUGUGGUUUAGAGCAGAUAUUAUCAUUGACGGAGUGUCAAAGGGUUGGAUUCUUGCUGACAGCGACAACGACCAGGCCACUGGAAUAGUCAUUGCCCGAGUAAACGCAGGAAACCACGUAUUUAUACGAAGGGAUAAAGGAGACGGUUGCAACCUUCAUGAUGACUUUGCCAGAUCGACAUUUUCAGGCUGGAAACUGUUUUAAGACAUGCACUGCAUCCUAUGUAAAUACUGAAUUU